CCGCAUGGCUUAAUUAAUGAAAGGUCUAUCAUAAGGUUCCACAUGGCUUGAUGGUUCUAGUUGACAUAUAAUAUUGUUCUCGGCAUUGACGCUAUUAUUAUACGAAUUGAUAAUAUAAGAGAGAUUGGUCAGCUCUUUUGGAUGUGAUACCCAGAGUUAGGGAAUGGAGCUAGAGUCGGGAAAUGAUGACCUGAAUCCGUUGCAGAAGUUAGGUAGAUCUCUGCCAGUUGAAAAUGUACAGGCUCUUGCUGCUUCUUCAAAGGACCCAACUGAGAUUCCUCAAAGGUACAUGAGAUCUGAUGUUGAGGCUGGCUUUCAUGGUACUAUUGUCGAUGAGAUCCCGGUCAUCAACCUUGGGAGACUUCAGGAUCUUGAAUCCUCCGAAGCUGAGGCCGCCAUGCUGAAAUUUGCGUGUGAGGAGUGGGGUUUUUUUCAGCUUAUAAAUCAUGGAGUGCCCGAUGAUGUGAUCGAAUCAUUGAAGGCUGACAUUGAAGAAUUUUUCCAGUUGCCCAUAGAGGAAAAGAAAGCAUAUGCGCAGUUGCCUGAUAGCAUGGAAGGCUACGGCCAUGCAUUUGUUGUCUCAGAGGAGCAGAAAUUGGACUGGGCAGAUAUGUUUUUCCUCAGAACACGACCACUCGGUUUCAGGAGCAUGAGAUUUUGGCCAAAGAAUCCUGCAUCAUUUCGGGAUACAUUGGAUAAGUACUCGGCUGAGUUGAAGAAGGUUGCGGAUUUCUUACUAGGAUCAAUGGCCAAGAAUUUAGGUCUCUGUGCAGAAGAGUUUACCGAGUUGUUCGAUAACGGAGUCCAGUCUGUGAAUAUGAACUACUACCCACCAUGUCCUCUCGCCAACAAAGUGCUAGGCAUAUCACCUCACUCUGACUCAACAGGUUUGACAUUGCUCCUUCAAGUCAACCAAGUGGAGGGGCUCCAAAUCAAGAGAAAUGGAGGGUGGCUCCCGAUCAAACCGAUCCCUGGUGCUUUCAUCGUCAAUAUAGGUGAUAUCCUUGAGAUAUACACCAAUGGGAAGUACAAGAGCAUCGAGCACAGGGCGGUAGUGAAUCCGGAGAAGGAACGGCAAUCGAUCGCUGCCUUUCACGGCCCAAGCUACGACGCCUCAGUCGGCCCU